UUCUUGAUUAUAUUCAGCAAUUAGACAGUAAAACACAGCAUUAGACUGUUUAGGGUCCUGUCCAUGCCAUCCAGUGUGACAUUGUGAAAAAAUCGUGUACUUUUUUUUAAUUGUUUGUUUUUUUCAUACAUGUGCAACAACAUCUGUUAAUAAAAAUGUUCGCAAAAUUCCUAACCAUUGCGGUAACGCUGACCGUCGCGUGCGCAGCAGAGAUCAAACUACCCGACCAGAAGAACAGUACCGACGGGAACUUCAAGGCUUUCACUGAUGUCGACCCAAAUGACCUUAGCUGUGACCCUGCUGGACAGGUCUUUUUACUCCUGCCCCACUUCACGGAUUGCUCGAAGUUCUUCAUGUGCGCUCACGGUGAGGAGGUGGAGUUCAGCUGCUCUGGAGGACUGAUCUUCGACUUCCAGUUGCAGACAUGCAACUGGCCAUGGGCUACUACUUGCCAGCUGAGGACUCCUAAGGAAGAGGAGGAAGGUUCAGGAGACGAGGCUGACAGUCUUAUUGGCAUCUUCACUGAUGAACUUGAACAGCAACCCGUUGACAUGGUAGCAAGCGUGCGUCCCAUCUCGCCGAUGCUGGGCAGGUACAACGGCAUCAUUAACUGCAACAGAGCUGAUGCUGCUGCCACGCAGGUGCCUUACAAGGGUGACUGCCAAAGAUACUGGAGGUGUGUGGCUGGAGUUCCUCAAGUCGCAUUCUGUUCUGAUGGCCUAUUCUUCAACUCUGCAACUCAGCAAUGUGACUUCGAAGCUAACUCCAAGUGCGUUCUCCAACAGGAAGACGAACUACAAAGCGAAUUCAUAAAAUACGAACAGUAAUUGAAUCUGCAGACUUUGACGACUUCGUGAUGAGUAGAAGUUGGUAUGCUGAGUUGUGUUUUUGUCACUUUCUCUGCUGUGAUUUGAUGGGUAGAAAGUGAUAGAAAUAUGGCUGAGUAGAAUUGUUUGGUGAUUUCUAUUUAUUUCGGAAAGAGAGUGUAACGCAAAUACAAGGUUAGAGUGAGAUUACUUUCCCAAAAGUUUCUCAAGUAUUUUUAUACAAUAUUUUGAAACGAACAUUAAUGUGCAUAUCUGUCAUUUCCAAAUUCGACAUAUUUAUAUUAUAAUUGCAGUCCUCGAGGAAAUUUUAAUAUUAGUCUUAUAUCGUUCCGCUGUAGAACUAAAGCUAAUAAUCAUAAAUUUUCUGAUUCAAAGUAUGGUUUCACUCGCUCUAAAGCUUGUCUUAUUUAUAUCUGAAAUAACUGAAUAACUUUGCAACUCUGCAUCGAGUAUUAUUAGAAAUAAAUGUAUGUCUCUACCAGACCUCGGGACUACAGAGUCCCGGAUUUUUGGGAGUAUUAUUAAAAGUGUGUGUCAAUCUGCAGAGUGCAGAGUAAUUGCUGUAUAUACUGUGUGUGUAAAUAAUAAAUUGUGAUAACUCUGCAACUCUGAUUAUUAUGUUAUUUAAUUUUUAUACCACUAUGUUAUGUUUAAGUAUAUUAUUGUAUAUUGACUAUUCUCCGUCUGUAUAAAAAAAUAUUAUUAAAUUAAAAAAAAUAAUAAUAAAAAAAUAUUAAUUUCAAAUCAUUGUUUUGCUUUAUUCAUGCCAAAAAUAAUAAUUGACCUUUUAAUACUACAAACCGUCAGAGUGCAGAGUUUUAAAAUUAUUUAUUUCUGAGAUAAUAAUCCAGUUAUUUAUAUCAUGAUAAUAAUCACAAAUAAAACACAAAAAUAUUUAGAAAA